AUGAUUCCAGUGGCUGAAUUCAAGCAUUUCACAGACCAGCAGCCUGCUUUCAAAGUUCUCAAGCCUUGGUGGGAUGUGUUAGCUGAGUACAUCACCAUAGUCAUGCUGAUGAUAGGCGUUUUCGGCUGCACUCUGCAAGUGAUACAUGACAAGAUUAUCUGCCUUCCAAAUCAUGUUCCCAGUGGUACAGCUUUUACUGAUUUAACUUGUGAAGAUUUCACCAAGAAGACAAUCAAUAACUCUGAACCAAUCAAGUCUUCUGUCCGUCAGGAAAUGAGUGGAUUACGGAACAACUUAGACCUCCAACAAUACAGCUACAUCAAUCAGAUGUGCUAUGAGACAGCCCUUCAUUGGUAUGCUAAGUACUUUCCUUAUCUUGUUGUUAUCCAUACACUGAUGUUCAUGGUGUGUACCUCUUUCUGGUUCAAAUUUCCUGGUACCAGUUCAAAGAUUGAACAUUUUAUCUCCAUUAUGAGCAAAUGUUUUGACUCACCUUGGACUACUCGAACCAUCUCAGAGGUUUCUGAGGAGGAGAAUACAAGCUCAGGAAAGGUGAAUCGGAUCAGGAAAAGUAAUGUUCCCAGUGAACUGAUUGAACUUUCUCCUACAGGAGGCUCUGUUUCAGGAAAGAAAGUUGCAGAGUCCCCUUCCAGUAGCAUGUUGGGCAAAAAGGAAGGUGAGGAAGCCAAGGCUUUGUUUGAAAAGGUGAAAAAAUUCCGACUCCAUGUCGAAAAAGGAGACAUCCUUUACACAAUGUACAUCCGCCAAACUAUUCUCAAAGUUUGCAAAUUUCUAGUUAUUAUUGUCUACAAUGCAGUCCUUGUUCACAAUAUUAAGUUCGUAGUGCCCUGUAGUGUUAAAAUGGAGGACAUGACAGGUUAUGACCAUUUCUGUUGCAAUCAUACCAAAGCCUGUCUCUUUUUUAAGCUGGCUAUGUGCUACCUCUGUUUCCUUGGAGUGUAUGGUCUGACCUGCCUCUAUACACUUUAUUGGCUCUUUCACCGGCCACUUAAAGAGUACUCAUUUCGCGUUGCCCGUGAGGAUACUGGCAUCAAGGACAUCCCUGAUGUUAAAAAUGAUUUUGCUUUCAUGCUCCAUCUCAUAGACCAGUAUGACUCCCUUUACUCCAAGCGCUUUGCUAUAUUCCUCUCUGAGGACAGUGAGUUCAAACUUAAACAGCUCAACCUCAAUCAUGAGUGGACACAUGAUAAGUUGCAGCAGAAACUGCAGACGAACCCUAGUGGGCGCCUAGAACUCCAUCUCUUCAUGCUGCCUGGGUUGCCUGACACUACUUUUGAGAUGAUUGAAUUGGAAGCUCUAAAACUGGAAUUGCUCCAAGACGUCACUUUCCCGGUCUCAGUAACUCAACUGAUCAAUCUCCAAGAGCUAGUGCUGAUCAACUGUCCUGCUAAGCUGUCCUUUACCUCCCUUAAGUUCUUCCGUGAACAGCUGAAGGUGAUGAUGGUCAAUUUUGAUGACAUAAAAGAUAUACCUGUGUGGAUCUAUAACUUGAGAGCUUUGGAAGAGUUGUACAUAUCAGGAUUUUUCAACCAUGAGAUGCGCCGGACAGGAACUCUAGAAAGCUUACGUGAGCUAAAGAACCUAAAGGUUUUGACACUGCACAGCAACAUCUCAAAACUGCCACCCAGUGUGGCUGAUCUGGCCACUCACCUGCAAAAACUCAGGAUACAUAAUGAUGGGACUAAGUUGGUAGCCCUUAACUAUCUCAAGAAGCUCUUCUCGGUGCAGGAGCUAAAACUGAUAAACUGUAACCUGGAACGGAUCCCCCAUGCUAUCUUUAGCCUUGUAAACUUGCAAGAGUUGGACUUGAAGAAUAAUAGGUUGAUUUCCAUAGAGGAAGUCAUUAGUUUCCAGCAUUGCCGAAAGUUGAUAUGUCUCAAACUUUGGCACAACCAGAUUGUCACCAUCCCUGAACAUAUCCGCAAACUCAAGACCUUGGAGCAACUUGACCUCAGCCAUAAUCACAUCGAAACUCUCCCUUCCCAACUCUUCAUGUGCACCAGGCUACAUUAUUUGGAUCUUUCCUACAAUAAAAUUCAGAUCAUCCCUUCUGGAAUGGGAGUUUUACAAAGCCUUCAAUAUUUCUCUAUUUCGCACAAUUGCUUGGAGACAUUGCCUAAUGAAAUUUACUUCUGCAAGAAACUCAAAAUUCUCAAAGCAGAACACAACAAACUCCGGCGCAUCUCAGAGCGCAUAAGCUGGCUUCCUUUGCUGUCCAGGAUAGAGCUGAAAGGGAACCAGCUUGAAGCCCUACCCUUGGAGAUUGGUCAGUGCAAAUUCCUCAAGCGUAGUGGUCUCGUGGUGGAGAGCAAUCUUUAUGAGACAUUGCCUUUAGAAAUAAGGGUAAAAAUGGAGGACGAAUGA